GGCUUGUGACAGCCAAGAAAUAAAGUACGCGUGCUGAUGACGUCACUUGACGACACGUCACCACACGGAAGAAGGUCUUUCCAGUCCGACCUCCUGCUGCGAGACAAGAGCCGAGUCUUCGUCAAAAUGGGUGGUUUCUUCUCGAGUCUGUUCUCGGGCCUCUUUGGCACCAAGGAGAUGAGGAUCCUGAUACUGGGUUUGGACGGCGCGGGGAAAACCACCAUUCUGUAUCGGCUGCAGGUCGGCGAGGUUGUCACCACCAUCCCCACAAUCGGCUUUAAUGUGGAGACGGUCACAUACAAGAAUCUGAAGUUCCAGGUGUGGGAUCUGGGUGGACAGACCAGUAUCAGGCCCUACUGGAGAUGUUACUACUCCAACACAGACGCCGUCAUCUACGUGGUGGACAGCAGCGACCGCGACAGGAUGGGCAUCUCCAAGUCUGAGCUUGUGGCCAUGUUGGAGGAGGAGGAGCUGAAGAAGGCCAUCCUGGUGGUGUUUGCAAACAAACAAGACAUGGACCAGGCCAUGACGCCCGCCGAGGUGGCCAACGCACUGGGUCUUCCCGCCCUCAAAGACAGGAAGUGGCAGAUCUUCAAGACCUCAGCCACCAAGGGCACAGGCCUGGACGAGGCCAUGGAGUGGCUGGUGGAUUCGCUCAAGAGUCGGCAGUAAAGAAAAAAAAAAAAGACCCACCCGUUAUGUAAAUACUCCUGAACUUUGACCCUUCCUUGUGACAGACAUUACUUUCCAGUCUACUAUGGCCAAACCUUGGACUGAAAAGGCCUCAUUUAUGAUUUUGUGUGUGUGUGAGGAGAAUCUUGAGCUGGGCAGAUCACAAGUACUUUUAAGGCUCAUGCUAGACAUGCCAUGAAGAUCCACCAGGAGGCAGUGUUGCACCAUGCAUACUCUACAGUAUCAUGUAGACACUCCCUCACUGCCAACACUACAAGUCCCAGGCCAACCAUCUUCCUUUCCUUGCUUUUUUCCCCUUCAUCAUUUUGUAAUGUGCACAUUUCUACUAGUUUAAUCACCUCUUCUGCAUAUUUAUAUCAGCUUGUACAGUGACAAUGAUCCACAGUAAAGACUUUUUGGUGAUUGUAACAA